CCUUUGGAUUCUCUUUUUUUUUCUGGUUGGUUGCAAUUUUUAUAGGCUUAUCACUUAGCGGAAUCUUCUCAUUCAGUUUGGUAGAAAUGCAGGGUUAGCUGUUGCGCCUUGUUUAAUUUUAAAGAUGGCAGAAAGCGUGAAUGUAGUGGAUUGUGAUCUUCGGCGCGGCUCUGAAAUUCUGCAUUUAGAGGACGAGGAGCCACUGAAAGAGCUCGAUGAGAAAACUGCUGAUGAUCAGCAGGUGUUGGUGAUUAAAGAGGAGCGUCUCUUUGAGAGGAGCUCCAGUGACGAAGAGCAGGACCCAGAGAUCUUCCUCAUAAAGAAGGAAAAGGAGGAACUCUGGACCAAUCAGGAGGGAGAGCAGCUUAACACAGAGGAGGAUUGCAACAGCUUCCCCUUGAAUAUUAUUGUGAAAAGUGAAGAUGAAGAUGAAGAAGAAGAAGAAGAAUAUCAGUCUUCACAUAUUUAUCGUGGGCAAACUGAACCAGUCAAAGAGACAAGCUGCAAAUCAGUUCAGUUUAUAAAAACAGAACCUGACGAUGAGGACGGUUUCGGAGCAGAAUCCACAAGAAAGCUGCGAAUAAAAAGUUUCCUUCAUAUUAAAACUGCUGGAAAAGCUUCCGACUCCUCUGAGACUGAAGUCAGUGAUGAAGAUGAUCAGUGGCAGGAACCGCUGCCAGAUUUUAGAGCAGAAGUUGAUUCAAAUAAGAGCAGAAAACCUGGGUCAGGCGACCCGGCCAAGGCUCUGUACAGCUGCUUCGAGUGCGAUAAGCGGUAUUUCUACAAACAAUCCCUCCAUAGACACAUGAAGUGUCAUUCCUCUAGUUCUGGUAACGCAAGCCGCCCCAGCGAGCAGGAAACCACAGAUUCAGACGCAGCAGUGGCGAAGAAAGAGAAAGUGUUCAUUUGUGACGUCUGCGGGCAUGGAUUCAAUCAGAGGACAAACCUCACCACGCACAAGAGAGUGCACACAGGGGAGAAACCGUUCAAGUGUGACGUCUGUGGGAAAAGGUUCAACCAGAGAGGGAAUCUGCGCAACCACAGGCGAAUCCACACUGGGGAGAGGCCAUUCAUAUGCGACUUCUGUGGCGAGAGAUUCAGGAAUCAAGGGAUUCUGCAGGCGCACAUGAGGGUCCACACUGGAGAGAAGCCUUUUGUCUGCGGCGUCUGCGGAAGGAAAUUUUCCCGCAAGACUCAUUUUGAGACGCACAUGAGAGUCCACACUGGAGAAAGGCCGUUUAGCUGCGGUAUCUGUGGCAAAGAUUUUCGGCAUAAGCUGCAUUACCAGGAGCACACCAGGGUUCACACAGGGGAGCUGCCGUUUCCUUGCGAGGUCUGUGGGAAGAAAUUUCGGCUUCAGUGUAAUUUAAAAAGACACCUCCGAGUUCACACAGGAGAGAAGCCCUUUAGCUGCGACGAAUGCGGAAAGACGUUCAGCUGCAAAUCUCAUCUGAAGCGACACAUAAAGGUCCACACUGGAGACCGGCCGUUCUCCUGCGAGAUUUGUGGAGAUACAUUUGCAGAACCAGGAGCCGUGAGGAGCCACAUGCUGGUCCACACAGGGGAGAAGCCGUAUGAGUGCGACGUCUGUGGGAAAACCUUCAGGCAAAAGAGCACGUUAACAAGACACAAAGUGGUUCACACAGGAGAGAAACCAUACUCCUGUGCUCUGUGUGGCGCAAGAUUCACACAGCAGUGUAAUUUGAAGACCCACAUGAGACUCCACACGAGAUGACUUUCUUUAAUCUUUAAUAUGCUUAUAAAUAGAGAUUCCUGCACUGUUCGUGUAUGUUUGCAGUGAUGAUACCCUGAGUAAUCACAUGAUAGA